AUGAAUGAUUCUGGAUCAUAUUCAUGCACACCAUACCAAGGCAUAAACUCUCCAGAUGCGCAUAAGCUUUUCGUUACAAACAUCCCAAGUAAAGUUGGAAAGCAUUUGAUAUACGAACUGCUUAUACAAGUAUCAAAGGUGGAAUCUUUGUAUUAUAAUCAAACGAAAGGAUAUUGCUUUGCAACAUACAAAACACAUUCUGAACUAGAAUACACUUGUAAUGUUCUUAAGGGCGUGAAGCUUUAUGGAAAAAGAAUAUAUUUUGGAAUGGCGGAGCAACAAUCACGCGUUAUAGUAAAAAAUAUUGGAAGUGAAGUCGAUGAUGUUCUUCUCUGGAAUGUGUUCAGCAAAUUUGGAUCAUGCUAUGUAGAAAUAACAGAUCAAAGAACUGCAUUAAUUACAUAUAGAAAAAAAGAGCAUGCAUCAAGAGCAGUGAGUAUUGGAAAUGGACAGGCAGUGGGAAACUCAAAUGUUAUUGUAGAGCAUACGAAAUAA